UUUACGGACUCUUCCGUUCGUGGGCGGAGAUGCUCGUAGGGUGUUUUUUCGCGUUUUUGUGGCUUUAUUGUUGAUAGUGUAUAACAUUUACUAAAUAUAGGAAGACUUUUGAGACAGUUAACCAUCCGACUAAUUAAGAUUGCACUGAAAUACUAACAGGAUGAGUUUUGAGAGUCCCGACAAAGAAGACUUCCCUGGGUUGUAUUCCACUCAAGGACGUUCCCAGGAACCUGAACAAGCAUCAGAUGACGACGCUGACAAACUAGGUAAGAAGAAAGACUUUGCCAAGAAGAAGGAUAAGAAAGAGAAGAAAGACAAAGGAUAUAAGAUGUUUGAGGAAGACAAUUCAGAGGAAGAGCUAAUGGUGGAAGAUACAAAGAGUCCAUUUAAGGGAAAGAGACUUAGUAAACCAAGCUUUAAAUUUGCGAAGAAAGAAAAGAAAGAAAAGUUCAAGGAUAAAGAAAAGGAUAAAGAUAGGGACAAGGAAAAGAAAAGAGAAGAACGGAAAAAAUUGAAGAAAUUAGAACUGUGGAAAAAGCCAAAGGCUGUGGAGACAACUGAAGCUGACUUGAAGCCAGUGUUUGGAGUCCCACUUCAAGUAGCAUGUGAGAGGAACAAGUCUCAUGAUGGCAUCCAGCUGCCAGUGAUAUUCAGAGAAUGUAUAGACUACAUUGAGGAACAUGGACUUUCUUGUGAGGGCAUCUACAGGAUAUCUGGGGUGAAGUCCAAGAUCCAACACCUCAAGGACAACUACAACAAGGGUCUGCCAAGUUACCUCCAUGAACAUGAGCCAAAUGUUGUUGCCAGUUUGCUGAAACAGUUUCUGAGGGAGCUUCCAGACCCAGUUCUGACUACGGCAGAUAUGCCAAAGUUUGAGGAGGCCUCUAUGAUAAAGCAGCCCAAACAGCAAGUGGAAAGGUUGAAAAAGUUGAUAAGUGAGCUUCCAGAGUGCAAUCGACUCCUGUUGUCCUGGAUGAUGGUCCACAUGACUCAUGUCAUACAGAGGGAAAAAGACAACAAAAUGACUCUACAGAACGUGUCCAUAGUUCUCAGUCCCACCAUGAAGAUCAGCCACAGAGUUCUCAAUGUGUUGUUUUUGCACUGGAAGGAACUAUUCAGAGAUGUGGUCAUUAAGAAACAUGUCCCCCCACUGAAGCCAGCAACUUCCCGCUGGUCUCUGGAGCUCCCGGACGACCCAGGUCAGAUAGAGGACGAGCUUCGUAAACAGGAGUCUGUACUGGAACAGCUGCACAAAGAUCUGAAGAAAAAGAGUGAUCCAGGCAAGGAGGAACAGCUCUGGGAAGUACAGCGAGUGGUCACCCAGCUGAAGAGGAAACUCAAGCAUGCUCACAAAGCUACAGAGGCUAUUGCUGCAUCCAAGGAGACCAAGGAACGAGUGUCGCAACAACAACAACAACAACAACACCAGCAGCAGAAAGCUUCCCAUGUGAAACACAAGGCCCCUCAGCCCCCUCAGUCACACCAGAGAACAGACUCUGGGGAUAUUGAACUGAAACUGGACCUGCAGAAACCAGCCCCUGUGCCUGUUGCUGAAGAACCUGAAGACAAGGUAAAGACUAUACAGAAACCAGGGGUUCCUACUAAAGGACAGGAAGUGAAAGAAGCAGAAAAUGAUGCAGAACUGAAAAAGGAAGUUAAAUUGUCAGCAGAAUCAAUACCAAAGACUAUGGAGGUUCUCCAGGAAUCCAAAAUGGAGGUGCCAAAAUCCCAGGAAAGGGGACCUCAACUUGAAGCAAAGGAACUAAAGGAGAUGCCACAGCCCUCAGAAACCAAGGAAGAGGUAAAAGUACCUGAGGUGGAAGAAGAUGAAGCAGCAGCUCAUGGAGAAACACCUCCCAGUGAACAGAAAACUGCACAGGAUAAUACUGAAGAAGAAGAAGAGUCAGUGGAAUUGCAGAAAUCUGAGAUAGCUUUGGAAGUAAAAGAAGUGGUGUCCACUGAAAAAGAACAGAUGGCAGACAUUCCUGAACAGGUCAGUAAGGAAGAUAUGGAUUCCACACCUGAUGCUGAGGAGAAGACGGAAUCUGAGGUGGAGCUGGAACAGAUACAUGGCAUGGACAAUGCUGCCUUUAGUGAGACUACUCCAGCACAGAUGGCUGUAGUUGCUCCCAAGGACAUCACUCAUGGCAAUGAACCAAAGCAAAUUCAAGAAAAAGGAAGUGGUUUAAAGACUGAAACCAAAGUGGUUAAAAAGGUUAGUAUAAAAACUGUGCAAGAAGUGCCAUCUGAAAAGGAUGUGGCCAAGGAAACAAAAACGGCACCAGUUGUUGCCAAAAAGACAGUGGAGGUCACCAAACCAGUGCCAGCACCUGAGGACAAAACAGACAAACAAAAACAAGGUGGACCAGCAGCGAAACCAGCCAUGCCAUUACUGCAGCCUGUUAUUCUCCAUGACCAAAAGGAUCAUUCCAAAGAAAUCCACAAGAGGGCAGCACUGGAGCCUGAAGAAGAGGACCUCAUCCUCCAUGUAGAAGGGUCUAGUUCUGGGAUCACAGCACAGUCUGCUUACCUUGCAGAAUUUGAAGCUGCUUCUGAUGAUAUUAGAGAACUACUUGAAGAGGAAAGAGCUCUUCAGUUGGAAGAAGAGGAACUGUUGGCAAUAGGUGAUGAGUUGAGGAAGAAGAUUGAGACAGAGCAGAUAGAGAUAGAGCGUCUCCAGCAGGAGAUCGAGGAGCUGGAAGAGUUACGACAGGACUCUGCAGAGACCAAUGACUACAGUUCUGAUAGCGACAGCAGCUCCUCGGACAGCGAGGAUGAGGAGGAGCUCCAGGAGAUGUUACAACAGCUAAUACAGGAGAAUGAUCAUCUCAAGAUGAGAAAUAAAGAAAUGUGUCAAAAAGUACAUGAAGAAAGACAGAUCUGCUUGGAGGUCAAAGUUCAAAUCAGAAUGCUGCAGCAGAAGACUGGCACAUAUAGUGCGGAUGCCCUGCUCACCCUGGAUGAGAUGGACUAUACCAUGUAGAUUAUAACACAUAUAACUUAUAUUUAUUUCAUAAACUGAAUAUUGUCUUAGAGUGAUCCAAGGGUGUUUCAGCAACUAGAUUUAAAUGGCCAGUUGUUAGAAUUUAUAAAGAAUGAACAGAUGAACAUCAAACUGGAAUAUGUUUCCAGAUACUUUCAAUUUGAGUACUCAACCAAAUUGAUGUUUUAUUAUAAGGGAUGUGUAUACAUGUUUAAGUUUGAAAUGACACUUGGUGCUCUGAUAUUCAGUCAAAGUAUUACAAACUGUCAGCUGUAUGUUACAAUAGAAAUGUGCAAUAAAUGUUUGUGGAUUUCAAAAGAAAUGAUGGUGCUUCAUGAAAGAAUUUUUUUUAUCUUGGAAUAUGCAUGUUUGAUUUUGUACUUGGUGCAAAAGAAUUAGUGUUUUAUUAUAAAAAUUUAUACCUUACCAGCUGUAGAUUGUUUCAAUAUGUACAGUAAUGGUUUUGUUAACAAUUCACAUGAAUUUUUAAAAAAAUUAUCUAGCCCCCCUGCUCCUGUGGAGCUUUUUGAAUCCAUAUAAAGAUGGAAUUUGAGGCAUCAGUGAUGAGAUAAAGGUGUGUAAAGACAUUCCUUGUGAAUGACGGGUGUGGCAGAUUGAUUUUGAUCACAUUUUGCAUAAAUCUGAAAAUUGUCGAUUUUGGGUGAUUUUUAUAGGGCCGGAUAUGGCAGUUUUUUUCGAUUUUGGAGAAAAAUGAAACGUUAUUUAGGAUCUUUAUAGUGACAAGUAGGUGUGUUUGGUCAUUUGUAGUUAACAUUAGGUAUGGGACUGUGGUUUUGUUAACAUUUAAGAUGAAAUAGAGCAAAAACUCCAUCCCCACUUUCCCCCACCUUUUAUGGUUGAAGAGGACGACAAUGCAUUACAAAAUAUGAAUCAAUUAUUUUCCCUAUUAGAUUAAAAAAUUUAAAGGAGUUAUUCAUCUCAUGUAAAGUGCAUUUUCCCAAAACAAGGUUGCGAAUUAGAGCAAUGGAUUAACACCCAUUGUAUUAACACAGAAUAGGAAGUGACUCUAAAGUUCCAAAAGCCUAAAUUACCAUAAAACAGAGCAUAAAGUCCUCAUUUGUUUCCUCAAAAAUCAGUAGCUGAUAUAAAUCCAUAACAGUGAUUCCUAAAGCAAGUCGGAAAUAUUGAAGCCAACUGAGAUACAGUCAUCAGUAACCUGAUUCACCCCUAACAGUUGACUGAUUUAACUUAAAUUAGGAUGUGAAGCCAUGACUAAAGUUGCUCAAUCCUUUUAAAACUAAAAACAUCCUGUAGAAAGAACAUGAUUACAGUUCAUUUACAUAUUCAGUUAAUGUAAUUUUAACUUGGACAUCUAAAUACAUUAAUUAUACUCUGAAAUACAUGUAUGACUUGAUUUAAUAGGAAGUUUCCAUAAUAGUGUAAUUAAUGUACAUAUGUAUUCAGAUAUAAUUUUGAGACAUCUAAUACAAUUAUACUAUACUUUGACAUAUAACUUGAUCUAAAAUAGCAAUUUUCUAAAAUUAAAUGUGGCCAUGAAAUCACUUCUAUGAUACAUUAUUUAUCAUUGCAUCAAAAUUGAUAAAUUGACCUGUUUUUGGCCUCUUUAUUUUCUGCCUUUUGUCUGUACAUAUGUCACGGUUUUGCUGCUGUGUUAUUCCUUGCUAUAUUGUUUAUGACUAUAUCCCAAACGUAUGCCCUCUAUUUAAUGCUUUGACCCAGUGCCCAGUGCUCUUACCAUUCAAAAGAAUGUUUUGAGGAAUGAUGCAAUAACCCAUAUGUGCAUGAGAAAAGAAAUGAGUCAAUUGUGUUUGCCUGUGCAUGCAUGUUUUUUUGUCAUUUAUUUUUUAUCAUAAACACAAGUGAAUGAUAAUAAUUUUGAUAAUAGUGGCUUUACAUCCACUAUUUGCGUACCCUUACAGGUUAUCAAUUGUCAGCAUUAUUGUUCCUAAUGUGUAUCCUUCUUUUGUUUGUCAUUUUAGUAUUGUAAAUAACACUGUCAUGUUGACCCAGUGCCACGAUGUAAUCUAACCCCUGGUAUACUCUGGCUAGUUAAAUGUUUCUUCGCAUCUUUGUAAUCAUUA